AUGAAAUGUCAUGUACCUGGCGCGAACGUUAAAGUUUUAGGAAGGACUGUGCAUGCCUUAGCCAGAUUUGGAGAUGAGUUGUACCUCGAGUCACUUCCAGAUUGUAUACUUUUGAGAACACUAAAUGCAGCAGAAUCAGCUUACGCGAUGGUGAAGUUCAAUAAAAGUUUCUUUUCCUACUUCAAUUAUAAUUACUACUCCACUGAAGAUAACGAAGGGUUGAAGUGUAAAAUCUCAAUGAAAUCUGCUUUGAAUACAUUCAAGUCUCCAACACAUAUGGACAAACAAGUUGAGAAUUUGGAAAUAAAACUUGACCCAGAGUCAUGUAAACUUAUAUUUCAGUUGAAAUGUAAGCAUGGCAUAGUCAAGACACAUUAUAUAUCAAUACUAGACUGCAAAGCAAUGCAAGCUGUUUACACAAAGGACUUGGUACCAAAUAGAAUAACAUCACCCCAGAGAAUAUUGUCAGAAGCACUGGGCAACUUCCAGAGUUCCGAUGACCAGGUUACUCUUGAGGCUACUGCACAAUCACUAGUGCUACGGAACUAUCUGGAUACAAACAUAGACUUGCUGAAGAUCAUCAGAACCCAAAUAAGUCUCAAACCAGCAGAGUUUGAUAGUUACACCAUAGGGGAAGAGACUACUAUUACUUUUACACUAAAAGAGUUCAAGGCAUUACUGGCUUUUGCUGAAGCAUUAAAUUUACCUCUACAACUUCAUUUCGAAACUACUGGACGGCCAGCUGUCUUCAUUGUACAUAAUGGAACAACAUUUGAAGCACAUUUUGUGUUAGCUACGUCAAAGGCAGAUAAUGCUACUCAAGCAACAUCAACACAGAACACAACGAAAACAGAACGGACUAAACGUAAAGAUGCUAGUGCUCAGGAUUCAGCUAGGAAAAAGGCUCAUCUUGACACAGAUAUUUCUAAAUGCUUAGAAGAGGACUCACAUUUAUUUAAUUUUAUUGAUAUACCCGACGAAAAUGUUUUGACUGCCAAUAAAGGAGCCAGCAAUAGCAGCAUAAAUGGUGGUAAUGCAAAUCAUAUAGAAAAUAGUCGCCUAAAUGAUAUUAUGGACUGUGACAAUAUACCAGGGUCUCCAACAUCGAAAACAAUGAUAAAAUCAGUGUUCAAAAGGUGUUUUGAAAGUACAUUUGAUCCAAGAGCCAUACAAGGUGUAGUUUUGGCUGAAAACUCAGAUAGUGAAUGAAUCAUUUUAUGUAAUGGUUACAUACCUAUUUAAUUUAUUGAAUGUUAUGAAGUUUCAAGUGCCUAAUAAAGUUGUAAGAAAAAAUAUUAUUUAA